AUGUCAAAAUAUAAUCUACCAAACCAAAACCUUUUUAGCCUUUUUGUGUUUAUGAAAAUCGGUUUUGUUGAGCGAAAAGAAUACCUUGUUUAAUUCAUUAAUAUUGUUUAUGUAAAUAGUAAGUUGCAAAACUUUCUACCUAAGCUAAAGCAACCUGUUUCUUCUGUGGUUAUUGUUUUUCAGAGGAAAUGAAGAAUUAUUACUUAAGUUAUGUGUCACUUUUGUUGUUGGUUAUUUACGCCGAUUGUCAACGCUUACAAAGUGUUAGCGACGAUGAUUUGUUGCAAUUGAUUAAAGAGAAAGAUAAGCUGAUUGUUAUGUUUACAAAACCCAAUUGUGAUGUAUGUAACAAGUUUGAUACACACUUGGAGAGUUUGCAAGAUGAUUUCAAAAAACAUCUCAGCGCUGUUACUGUGAAGACAGAGAAUAGUCAUUUGGCACGACUUUAUAGCCCUACUAAGGAACCAGCAUUGGUAUUCUUCAGACAUGGUGUUCCUUUAUUAUUUGGUGGUGAACCUGAUGAGAAUGAAAUCUAUAGUUACUUUGAAAAGAAUCAGUCCCCAGCAGUCAAGGAAUUAUCUGACAAAAUAUUUGAACACAUUACCCAGGCUGCCACAGGCGCCACCACUGGUGAUUGGUUUGUUAUGUUCUAUGGGGCAUCUUGUGUUGAAUGUCAAAGACUACAUGCCGUGUGGGAAGGUGUAGGCGCUACGUUACGAGGGCGCGUCAAUGUUGCCCGCAUAGAUGCCAACCUGGCAGGCGCAACUACCGCCAAACGCUUCCAUGUAACCAAAUUACCAGCUUUCCUGUUCUUCCGCCAUGGAAAAGUUUAUAGGUAUGAAUUACCAAAGAAUGACAUAAAAUCAUUUGUUAUCUUUGCCCAAGAUUGGUACAAGAACAGCAAAGGAGAUCCUGUGCCACUUUUGGCUUCACCAUUUGAUGAAUUAGUGGAUUGGUGUGUGGCAUUUAUAAAAGAAAGCAUUGGUUAUGGACUGCAUGUGUUGACUGAACAUCCUUGGAUUUGGCAAAUAGGUGUUGCUGGAUUUGGUCUAGUGGCAGUGACGGCAUUGAUAGCAUUAUUUAAAGCGAGAAAAACAAAACCAGCUAAAGAAAAUAAAAAAGAAAAAAAGAGUAAAUAGAAAAAAAUUGUCCUAUCCUUUAUUAUAGACAUGAAAAUAUUUAUUUUUAUUGCAAUAAACAUAAGUGGAAAAAUGCAUCAUCAUGUUAAACAUUUCCAAUUAUGCCUAGUAUAUGUCCCGGAUCAAAUAUAGGUAGAUAAUGAAAAGUAGAAAAAUUGUAACGACUACUAGUUAUAUUAGGUUGGUUAUUAAAAUUAUUGAUAACAAUAUAUUUGCAAUUUCUAUGACGCAGUUUAUUGUCUUUUUUUUUUUAAUAUGGAUUAAUUUGAGUAAAUUAAGAAAUUUGUUUUAAAUUUCAACUUAAAUAUUAUCUAAAAUUAUAAUAUUUAAGAUUCAUAAAAUAUUCUCAGUUACAAUAAAUAGAAUAGAUUUGCAUUUAUGUGUUUGUAACUUAAAAACUAUGCAACUGGAUUUUUAUUGAUUGAGAAUAAAUUUGGUACAAAUAUAGAAUAGACCUUCGGGAGAAACAUAUGCUACUUUUUUUCUGUAGUUUCCCAUGGGUUCACUUCACGGUUUCUCUUCGCAAAAACUAGUAGAUUAAAUAAUUGUUAUUAUUUUUUUUUACUUCCGUCCUAUAUAUUAUACCUAGUUAAGAAAUUAUUUUAAAUUGUGGUCUAUCUACUACUUACUUUUAUAUCAAUGUUACAUACUUUAGAUAUUUAUAUUUUUAUUAGUAAAAUCUUAACUUCCAAGUCUGUUAUUAUUUAUGUCAUUGCAUUUAUUUUAUUUUUUAAUAAAAAUGUAAACUGUGAAAAUAUGAAUGACUAAAAAAGAUUGUGAUGUUGCAUUUAGUUUAUAUAAAACACAAUUGAGACUUAUCUUGUAAGUCUCAGUUGUUGUUAAUGUGUUGCUAUUAUGACAAAUAAUAUAUGUAUUUUUUUACAAAUAAAUAUGAUUAUUUUUA